CCUACAUCUAUUCGCAUGGCCAUCCCAUCUGAUCCCGAAGUGAUGGCGACGGCCAGUGGCAGUGGAAUAAGGCACGGGUCUUCGUGGGUCCAAAGGAAAAUCAAUCUGAGGCCGCAACACAGGGGUGGCCACCUAAUAACGGACGAGGUUGUGAAACAAGUGCCGGAAAUUUCCCAGUUUGCCGUCGGGCUCUUCCACAUACAAAUUAUGCACACAUCUGCAAGUUUGGCUCUAAAUGAGAAUUGGGACCCUGAUGUUAGGGACGAUGUGGAGAAUUUUAUGAACAAGCUAGUACCAGAGAACCUUCCCUACCAACAUUCCUGUGAGGGCCCAGACGACAUGCCUGCACAUAUCAAGGCGAUCCUGUUUGGAUCCAGCCUGUCCAUCCCCAUCACGGAUGGGAAGCUCAACCUGGGUACCUGGCAAGGCAUCUGGCUCUGCGAGCACAGAAACAGGGCAGGCUCAAGAAAAGUGGUGGUGACAAUCAAUGGCUCUCUCAAAGAUUGAAAAGAGAGAGCCCGAGGAUGAGCGCUGUGUUUCUCUUCCGAGCAUCCGACAGGCAAGAGAACGACUUUGCGGAUGUGUUUUCACAAAGAGACCUUCUCACAGCUGUGCUGCCCCAAGUUCCCUGCCAGUGCAGCGACGCAAGCGACCACUGCCAUUCCAAACGACGGCGGCUGCGGCUACGGGAUGGCCGGACGACCUUCCGGUCGGGGCUGCUCUCACAUGCACAGACGAAGGCUCGGAAAGCCACUUUCCUCCUCUCCCCCUCCCUACCUCUCGCGUUGGAAGGCCUCGGUACCGAGAACUAGGGCCAUUGUUAUGGGGGCUGUCGAUUCGGAGCAAACUACCGCAUCGGUAUUUCUUCGUUGUCUCUGCCCUACUCGUGCGGUUCUUUUCUCAUCUUUCUUAUCUUCAUUCAUUUCCGCCUUUCUCAAACGCAUUGUUGCGCAUUGUUGGGAGUCUGGGCCGGUGCAGAAAUGUGUCAUUGGCACUUCCCAGCCGACUCGAAAUAGUUUUUAGCUUCUGAUACUGCCGAGCAGCCAGUGUUGCUUUUGCAGAGUGGUCUAUUAAAUUUGGCUUCACGUUUUGUU